AAAGAAGUUAGAAUACAAGGACCGAAUCACUACGCGACCAAAAUGGAGCAUGUAAAAUGUUGGUAGUGGCAAUAGCGGACGUGGCAGUGACGCACUUUAGAGGCGGAGGAGAGUCACGGUCAGACGCAUGGAGAUGUUGAGGCAACUUUUACCAUCGCAGACUCGAUUUCGGGUCGACACCCGCUCAUCAGUCGCAACGGCACCUGUCCAUCGCGUCAGUGUGCGGCAAGGUGCACACAGAGCGCUCUGUGACGGCUUUUGUUGUACCAUCGAGGAGUAUGGGCUUGGAUGUGUUUCGGUAUUUUCCAUGGCGCGUGAACGUGCUCUGCGGAUUCUGCAUUCAUAAACUUCACACAGGCUGUGUUGGUGGCCCACCACAGGCCCAACAACGCAAGAACUGGCGGAGGGCUCUGUGAAACUACAUCUCUGCGACUGGCAUUGCGACUGCGUGCAUCUGUUGUUCUACCAUGUUCAAAUGCUGCCACAGCGACUCGUUUCAGCGCCAUGCGGUCGCUUGGAAAUUGAGGACCGGCACCUUUGCGCUUGACGACGAACACAUACACCUCAGCAUCGUAGACGACGGGCUCUGAUAUGCAUGUGCACAGUUCAAGCGUUCAACUAAAAAAAAAGGAUCUAGUAGUACACUCAAAGCUCACAUCGGCAGAAUGGCAACUUCCACGCUCGCAAUGUGUGGAUACGAUGAUUUACAUUCUGAGGCUCCAUUGCUGACCGAGUGCAACAUCCGAGCGGACUAAAAGGGAUACGUAACAAGCACGCCGAGCCACAAACCAAGCUGUCGAAUCGCCUUCAAGUGUCCGUUUGUAUGGACCGACUAUCCGACUAACAUUUUCCAGUGAUGUGUACAGGACUAAGAUGGGGCAAAGGCCACAAAUAUCUUGCCUAGCCUCCUUAGUACACGCCACCGUAUGUCUGCCUCUCCACCGGCUCAGGCAACGGGCACGGACGUCUAUCCCUCGCUGUUCGUGCAAGACAACAUUCCGUAAUUUGCGUCCUCCGCAACAGUUCGUCUGUACUUGACCAUGCAGCUCUGGGGGUCUCUAGCCUUCUUACUCGGCGCCAUCUCGGCUACCGAUGUACAGGCUCGCACUCUGACCGCCAACUUCGACAUCUUGUCUUACAACGACGUCUACGAGAUGUUACAGGACACAGUCGAAGGUAUUAAGCUCGGUGGUCCGUCGCGAGUGGUUCCCGUUGCCAAGGCCAUGCGAGAGGCCAACCCGAACAGUCUCGUGCUGUUCGCCGGCGACACAGUCUCGCCGUCGCUCUGGUCGACGCAAUUUAACGGCCAGCACAUGGUUAAGGCACACAACGCCAUCGGUCUGGACUUUGCAUCAUUGGGCAACCACGAGUUCGACUUCGGCCUUGAGAACUUUAUGAACGUGACGCUCAACUCCAACUUCCCGUGGUUGAACGCCAACUGCUACGAAAUCGCUAACCGCAAGCUACUGCGCGGUACGGUGCCGCACGCCAUCAAGAACUUGACUGACGCUACAAACGGCCACAUUUCCAUCGGCUUGUUCGGCGUUAUGUAUGACAUGCAAGAUACCAGCAAAGGUCUGUACUGGGAGGACCCGAUCCAAGCUGCGCGGGAGCAGGUGGCGGCGCUAAAGGCUCAAAACGUUGACUUCAUUAUCGCCAUGACCCACCAGGACCUGGCGGACGACAACCGCCUCUCGAAAGAGGUUGCAGGCAUCGACCUUAUCAUCGGUGGCCACGACCACACGUCGAUGCUGCAGACCAACUACGGCACGCCGUAUCUUAAAUCCGACUUCGACUUCCGCUCUAUCUGGAAGUCGCACGUUGAAUACUACGCUGCCGACGCCGACAACGACCGCAAGUCGCUUAUGACGCACCAGGCUAUCCCGAUUGUCGAGAGUAUGCCGACAGACAACUCGCUGGACGCCGUCAUCGCCACGUACCAGGCACAGAUGGACGCGCUUGAGGAACAGGUCAUCGGCAACCUGUGCGAGGACCUGGACCUCACACAGAGCGUCGUGCGCGCCAAGGACUGCAAGAUCGGCCACCUGUUCGCGGAUGCCGGUCUCCAGUACUACGGUGCUGGCUCGGCUGACAUUGCCGUCAUGAACGGUGGCGGUAUUCGCGGUGACAAGGUCGUGGCUGCCGGUAAUCUGUCCCUGGGUGAGGUGCUGUCCUGGUCGCCGUUCGGCAACACGUUGAUGACCAUCCAGACUAACGGCGCGUCACUCAAGCUGUUCCUGAACCGCGAGAUGGUCGGAAACUGUGGCGACAACGUCGUCCAACAGAACGGCUUCUACGUUCACCCGUCGGGCUUCAACUAUACGUACACGUGCACGGGCAAUGGCGCCGGCGCCGUCUCAAGUUUGACGUGGCUUAACCACCCGACUAACACAGGCGACAUCAAAGACACGGACGAGUUCGUCAUGGCUCUCAGUAACUACCUGUACACGACCGAGUUUGCUGUGAUUGAAGGUGUAAAUGCCACGGUGAAGGUUAGCGAGGCGGAAGCUGAACGUGUGGACUCAGCGCUUGAAGCCUACGUGUCCAAGCUGAACAACGGCACUGUGUGCCUACCAAACGAAUUGCGCUCGUUCGUCUCAUUCUAAACUCCUUGCAGAUAGGAUGCAGGCGGGUGACAGCCUCAAUAAACACAGAUAGACUUGCACAGUGUGCAUUGUUGCAAACGAAAAUAUAAGCAGCAUUUGAAUAUUUCUUGAUG